UUCGUGUUUUUUCAAGCUCAAAUACGAAAUGAGUAGUUAUGUGCGCCGCUCGGGCGGCGACAUUGACAGCGAUUUGUCGAAUAUUCUCGUUCGCCAUUUUGUGAAUGCUAUGGAGUUUUGUGUUAAGUAAUCACCGUGAGGUAAUUUCAGCGGAUACAAAAUUCAGCACUAUGUCUGAGAAAUCAGAUGCGGGUAAGACGGUGCUUAAGCCACAUGAAGUUGCCAAACCAAUACAUCUGCAAAGGCUGGAAGCCGCCUUAGAUAUCAGACCUUUUGUGAAUCAAGUAGAAAGAAUUCUAAAUUCAGAUGGUGGCAGUUGCAGUGAAGAUGAUUCAGACUCUAUUUUUGAAAAGGAAAUGGGCAGAGGUGAUAAAUUAAUGCAUGGUAUCCUUACUACAAAACAAGAACGUCAAAGUGAUCGUCUGCGUCUUUAUAACUUGGCCUCUGUUGGUGAGGAGAGAGAAUGGCUUCGUGAUAUUUUGCUAUCAUCAAGUAAUGAAUCAAGUAGCGAAGAUGAAACAACAGCUGCAAAAGACAUUAGGAUAAAGAGGCUUCUGAAAGAGAGAUAUUAUCACAAUAAAUAUGCUAAGAAGUAUUAUAAAGAUCCAGGGAAUUCCCGAUACAUGUACUAUGGUGCGGGUUUACUAUCAACCAUUGAUAGAUACCCAGAGCGUAGAAUCAACCAUCCUCUGCAGCAACAGCCAUCAUCAAGAGGCCGCAGAGGGAGGCCGGCUGAAAGAGGUGCAAUCAGAGGUCUACAGAAAGCUAGACGAGGUCGGAAUAGAGAGAACAGGGUUGGUGUUAAUGAAGGAAAUGAUAUGCCUGAUGGAAUGGAUUGGGAAGAACAAUUGCGAAAUUUGAAAGAAGAAAAUGAUACUGAUGAGUUUACAAUUAUAGAAAAACCAGGAGCUAGGGGUAGAAAGAAACUAUCAACAUUAAAGAGUCCUGAAGCAUUAACGGCUCGUCGCCGACGUCAUUGGCAGUUGUUAGUAAAGAAGGAGCUCGGUAAAGUGCAGCGAGCUCGGGGUGCAGCACACCGUGAGAUGGUGCUGCACAGCAAGCGGCUGGCCACACUCUGCUGCAAGCACUGGAGACAUGUUGCUAUGCAGUCACAAAAGAACAUGAAGGAGACGGUGUGGCGCUGCAAGCGGCUGAGUCGCGAGAUGCAGGCCUACUGGCGCCGCUACGACCGCGCCGAGCGGGAGACGCGCAGACGUAUGGAGCGCGAGGCUGAGGAACAGAGGAAGAUGGACGUGGAACUGAUGGAAGCGAAGCGGCAACGUCGCAAGUUGAACUUCCUGAUAACUCAGACGGAGCUGUACGCGCACUUCAUGCAGCGCAAGCUGAGUGCGGGCGGCGCGGGGGGCGCGGGGGGCGCGGGCGGGGACGACGACUGCGGCACCGACCGCAUACUGCGACAGCUGGAUGAAGACCGCGACCCACGGCUCGCCGGAAUUGAUAACUAUGAUAGCGAGGCGAUGAAAGCGCGUGCGUCGCGUAACGCACGCGAGGCGUUCCGCGCGGAGCGAGCGCGUGCGCGGCAGUUCGGCGCGGCGACGGACACGCCCCCCGGGGACCACGCACAGCCUAACAUAUUCCGCGGCACGCUCAAGGGAUACCAACUUAAAGGAAUGAACUGGCUAGCUAAUCUAUACGACCAGGGCAUCAGCGGCAUCCUGGCGGACGAGAUGGGGCUGGGCAAGACGGUGCAGUGCAUCGCGUUCCUGUGCCACGUGGCGGAGCGCCUCGGCGUGUGGGGGCCCUUCCUCGUGGUGUCGCCCGCCUCCACGCUGCACAACUGGCAGCAGGAGAUGCAGAGAUUCGUGCCGGACUUUAAAGUUGUACCGUACUGGGGCAGUCCCAGCGAGCGUAAGAUAUUACGUCAGUUCUGGGAGCGCAAGGACCUGCACACGAGGCAGGCGGCCUUCCACGUGGUGGUCACUUCCUACCAGAUCGUGGUCUCCGACCUCAAGUACCUGAACCGCGUGUCCUGGCAGUACAUGAUCCUCGAUGAAGCUCAGGCUAUUAAAAGCUCCGCUAGUAUGAGAUGGAAGUUGUUACUAGGCUUCAGUUGUAGGAAUAGACUGCUUUUGUCAGGUACACCGAUACAAAACAGUAUGGCGGAGUUGUGGGCAUUAUUGCAUUUUAUAAUGCCGACAUUAUUCGACUCGCACGAGGAAUUCAACGAGUGGUUCUCCAAAGAUAUUGAGAGUCACGCCGAGAACAAGAGCACUAUUGAUGAAAAGCAUCUAUCUCGCUUGCACAUGAUAUUGAAGCCGUUCAUGUUACGACGCAUCAAGAAGGAUGUGGAGAACGAAUUGUCUGAUAAAAUUGAGAUUAUGGUUCACUGCCCUUUAACUAUAAGACAAAAACUACUAUAUAUAGCUUUAAAGAAGAAAAUAAAAAUCGAAGAAUUACUACAUUAUUCAGUGGGAGCGGAAUCUGGUCAUAAUGUUGAUAAGAAUUUCACAUCGAAUCUAAUGAAUUUAGUUAUGCAAUUUAGAAAGGUAUGUAAUCAUCCAGAACUAUUCGAAAGGCGUGAUGUAAGGUCGCCGUUUGCGAUGCAUGUCGACGACUACCACAUGCCUAAGUUAAUCGCAGAAGAUGGUAUAUUACUGCACAGUGUGCCGUCCACACGACACUUGUUGUACAACAAGUUGUCGAUACUGACCCCGCAGUAUGUACACACGAGUAUGGACGAUGGAAACUGUUUCAGUUUUACAAGAUUUAUUGAUCUUUCGCCUAUGGAGUUGUACAGGAUCAUGCUAUGUGGAUGGUUGUUAGCGAUAGAGCAUUUAGAGCAAUGUCAAGAGAAAUAUGAGAAAUUACGUCACAGACGCCAAUGGUGGCGGAAUUAUACUGACAGUUGUAUAAAACAGGAAUAUGAACAUAUAGACAUACCACCGGAUUAUUAUAAUAAAACAGAUAUUAAAGAUAUGUUACUUGUAUGUCCUGACGCUGAUAUAUUAAAGCAACGGAAACAUGAUAGUUUAUUAUGGAAUGAUUUAUUAUUCACAGAUCCUCGGUGGGUUGAAGGUGGUCCAUUCUAUGCGCACACUGAGCACUGUAUACACUUCAUGGCUGAGACUGUAGAGCACAGAGCAAUGAGGACUAAGAACUUGAAGACGGAAGGACAGUGUGAGAUGCUGCAAGAAAUAAAGACAGAGGAGGGCGGGGUGAUGUGCGUGGAGGCGGCGGAGCUGGCGCACGUGGAGCGCGCGCCGCUGCGCCGCGCAGACACGCCCACAGCGCUGCCUGCAUUCAUAUACACUGCACAGGAGAAGGUUAGUGCGCACACGCGUAUGUCGUUCGCGGUGUCGCGGGCGCACGCGCACCGCGAGGCGGCGCACCGGGGGGGCGGGGCCGCGCUGGCGCCGCUCGUCGCCCGCGCGCGCCCGCACACCGGCUGGGCCUCGCUGCAAGUACCCGAUAAGAAUCAGUUAGUGAGCGACGCGGGCAAGCUGACUGUGCUGGACUCGUUACUGAAGAGAUUGAAGGAGCGUGGACAUAGAGUACUGAUUUACAGCCAGAUGACCAAAAUGAUUGAUCUCUUAGAAGAAUAUAUGUGGCACAGAAAGCAUAAAUAUAUGAGAUUAGAUGGUUCAAGUAAAAUUUCCGCUCGUAGAGAUAUGGUCGCCGAUUUUCAGGCACGGACCGACAUUUUUGUGUUUUUAUUAUCGACGCGAGCUGGUGGGCUCGGUAUCAAUCUUACUGCUGCUGAUACUGUGAUAUUCUACGACUCGGACUGGAACCCGACGGUGGACCAGCAGGCGAUGGACCGCGCGCACCGCCUGGGCCAGACCAAGCAGGUCACCGUGUACCGCCUCAUCUGCCGCGGCACCAUCGAGGAGCGCAUCGUGCAGCGCGCCACCGAAAAGAGUGAAAUUCAAAGGAUGGUGAUAAGUGGUGGCAACUUCAAGCCGGACACGCUCAAGCCAAAAGAAGUGGUGUCAUUAUUGCUGGAUGAUGAAGAAAUUGAACUCAAAUAUCGUCAAAAAUCAGAGGAAAAGAAGUUAAUGGAGGAGAGAGAACGAAAGCGAAAACUAGGAAUUUUAUCACCUCAACCGGGUCCAGUGGAGGUGAAGCGGUCGCGGGAGUCCUCGGAGCCCGGCAGCCCGCUGCAGGUGGAUGAUGAUGACAUUUUGGUGGUUGACACCACGCCGCAUCCCUCCCCACUGCCGUACACGAACGUGCGUACUGGAUGGAGCGGCAUGCGUGCGGCGCGCGGCGCCCGGCGCGGCAGACCGCGCGGCUCGCGACACGCCUUCGCCCGCCGCGCGCCGCCCGCGCCCGCCGCGCCCCGCGCCGCCUCGCCCGCGCCC